AUCGAGGCACUUAGCUUCAUUUUAAAUGGCACAUGCAACAACUGCAACGUAACACUAGCUACUUGAACAUACUCAAAAUGGAACCGGAACCGGAACCGAUGACUAGCGACACCAUUGCGGCGCCAAAACUUAUAGGCCCGAACGAGCCCGAUCCCCAGGAAAAGUACGCUCCCUACGUGAGGCACGAUUCCUACGGGAUCAUGGGCCGUGCCCACCUUUCGUGGACCGAAAAGGUGUUGCUGGGGGUGGCAAUGUUGACGCUUUUGCCCCUGAGGGUGGCGGCCGCGAUGACGCUGGUCGUGCUCUGCUACCUGACGUGCCGGAUUUGCACGGCAUUUCUGGGUCCGAACGAGCACGGGAACUACGCGCAUUUGGAGGGGUGGAGGAGGAAGGUCAUCAUGGCCAGCGGCAGGUUUACCGGUAGAGCGCUUCUCUUUGCCUUUGGAUUUUAUUGGAUCGACGAAACCCACCGGGGCCAUCAUCACGUCCCUCCUCUAAAUUCAAACCACAAGGCGAGGAGCGAAGAAGAAAGGGCGGGAGUGAUCGUGUCGAACCACGUAUCUUAUACCGACGUCUUAUACCACAUGUCUUCUUCUUUUGCCAGCUUUGUAGCCAAGAAAUCGGUGGCUAGGCUUCCCCUUGUUGGCCUCAUCAGCAAAUGCCUUGGUUGUAUCUAUGUAGAGAGAGAAUCUAAGACACCAGAUCUCAUUGGUGUUUCAGGUGUGGUGAACCAAAGAAUCCAGGAAGCUUGCAAGAACAAGUUCUCUCCAAUGGUGAUACUUUUUCCAGAAGGCACAACAACAAAUGGAGACUUCCUCCUUCCAUUCAAGACGGGUGCAUUUGUGGCAAGAGCUCCGGUCCAUCCAGUCAUCAUACGUUAUCCAUACCGUAGGCUUAGCCCUGCCUGGGACUCCAUUUCAGGGGCUAGGCAUUUGAUUCUUCUUCUCUGUCAAUUUGUAAAUCAUAUGGAAGUGAUCUGGUUACCAGUAUACUAUCCCUCACCACAAGAAAAGGAUGAUCCUAAACUAUAUGCAGAAAAUGUCCGCAGGUUUAUGGCUCACGAGGGAAGUCUGAUACUGUCAGAUAUUGGAUUGGCAGAGAAGCGAGCAUAUCUUAGUGCUUGUAACGGUGACACGAGAACUACUGCUAACAAUCAUCAGAAAGUCAAUUGAUACGAAUAUGGAUUGAGAAUCUUGUAGUAAAGUUAUGGCAUUCCC